UUGCACUUUACGCGCUGAUAGUAAAUAAAAUAUCAGCACAAGUAAACAAAACGCAAAUCAAGACUGUAUUUAUACAGGGAUCUUGGUCAAAAAUCAUCAUUCAGUUUCUCACAAAUUAUCCGUCAACAUCCAGUUGAAUUAAACAAACAAAAAAUCCAUACAAAAUGCAAAAGCAAUUGUUAAGAAGUUUAGCCAGAUCUGGAAGGAGUGCACUUUUAGAACUUUUGUAUAAUGACAAACGGAAUAUAUCGGUGGCAGUGUUACAAAAUAAAAAAAGAUAUUUGCACGGUGGCCAACAGGCAAUAACAAGAGGUUAUAGUUUGGCGGUAGCCGCUCAGAAAACUAGUAAUAGUGAUGCCAGUAUUACCGGAGAGUUUAUAAAGAUUGUCAGCUCGGAUCUAUACGAGCCAUUACUGAUAAAUCAUAUUUGGCUACGUGACCAUUGUCCUUGUCCUCAAUGUCACAACAAAGUUGCCAAUCAACGAAUGUACAAUGUGUUCGAUUCAAAUAUGUCGGAAAUUAAGCCGAAAAACGUUGCAGCCAAUGGAUCCGAAUUGAGCAUAAUAUGGAACGACGAUCAUCGUUCCGAUUACAACAUUCUGAGCCUUGAAGCUAAUCAACAGAAAUUUUAUGUUGAAAAUUACGUCAGAGCUCAGAAAGCUAGUAGAUUUCUGUGGAGCAGAGAGGAUGUAGACACAAUGCCGUACGCUCGUGUUCCAUAUUUGGAUUAUCUGAAUGAUGAUAAGGUGAAGCACCAAAUGAUUGAAAGUAUUACGAAAUUCGGCUUUGGCGUGAUUAAAGACGUGCCGGUUUCAAUGAGUGCCACGGAAACGGGUGUGAAGCGCCUGUUUUGGUUGCAGAAAACCUUUUAUGGUGACGGAAUGUGGAGCUUAAAUAACUUCGAGAAAGGAGUUUCAUCGGAUAUUGCGUAUGGCAACUUGCAUAUUGCAGCGCACACUGAUAAUUCCAGUCAAAGUGAGCCGUCUGGCUUGAUUUGCUUCCAUAAUACCAUCCACACCGGCACAGGUGGCGAAAGCUUAUUAAUGGAUGGUUUCAAUAUAGUCGAAAAUUUGAGAAAAAAUCAUCCAGACACACUGGCACGACUGUCAUCCGUGAACAUGAAGCAACAAUACGUAAAGGAUGGUCAAAUGCAUUUUCACACUGCACCAAUUAUCGGAUUGGAUCCCAUCUCCGGCCUACCGGAAAUUAUAAGAUUCAAUCUGUACGACCGUUCGGCCAUGGCUGCCCUACCACAAUCCGAAAUGGGCCAAUACUACAAGGACAUGGAGAUCCUCAUUGCGGAAAUAAAAUCACCGAAGAACGAAUGGUGGUUCAAGAUGAAACCUGGCGAAUUGUUCAUUUUCGAUAAUUGGCGUAUGUUCCACGGUCGAACCAGUUUUACUGGUGAUCGCGAAAUGACGGGUUGUUUCAUUGAUCGGUCCGAGUAUUUGAAUGUGGCUCGUAAUCACAAUGUUAUGGUUUAGCUAAAUGUAUAAGUAGGUAAGCGAAGAGCACUUAAUCUGUAAUGUGUUACUUGAAAAAUAUGUAAGCAAUAAAAUACGUAAGAUAGAGAGAGAGAGAGAGAGAGAAGGAUAGCAGGAGAGAGAGAGCAUUGUGGCGGUAAUGGUGUGUCACACCACCGUUCACCAAAAAACAGUUAUCAUUAAAAUAAUGCUAAUUACAUGCGGCGACGCAAUAAAAA